UGAGUGACAGUUGCUUCAGGAACCUUGCGGAGGAUCGUAGUGGAAUAAACCUUAAAGAUCUGGUCCAAGACCCUUCUUUGUUGGGUGGGACUAUAUCUGCAUACAAGAUAGUGCCAGAUGAAAUAGAAGAAAUCAAGGAGACGCUGAUAGAUUGGUGUGACGAAAAGGAACUUAAUUUGAUAUUAACAACUGGAGGAACAGGGUUUGCACCACGAGAUGUCACUCCAGAGGCCACUAAAGAAGUAAUAGAACGAGAAGCCCCAGGGAUGGCCCUAGCAAUGCUGAUGGGAUCGCUUAAUGUUACUCCUCUGGGCAUGCUCUCUAGACCUGUGUGUGGAAUCAGAGGGAAAACUCUCAUAAUUAAUUUGCCGGGUAGCAAGAAAGGGUCACAGGAAUGCUUUCAGUUUAUACUGCCAGCCCUACCUCACGCCAUUGAUCUUUUGCGGGAUGCCAUUGUAAAAGUGAAGGAGGUACACGAUGAGCUCGAAGAUCUACCUUCACCACCACCUCCUCUUUCUCCUCCUCCAACCACCAGCCCUCACAAGCAGACAGAAGACAAAGGAGUACAGUGUGAGGAAGAGGAGGAAGAAAAGAAGGAUAGUGGAGUUGCCUCAACAGAGGACAGUUCUUCCUCACAUAUAACAGCAGCAGCCAUUGCAGCUAAGAAGCAUCCAUCCUACACCAGUUCAGCUGUUAUCAUGGCAAAAGGUGAACAACCCAUCCCUGGUCUCAUCAGUUAUUGCGAUCAUGCAGCAGGCAGUGCAGGAGAACCGAUUCCAGAUUCCAUCAUCUCUCGUGGUGUUCAGGUGCUCCCACGUGAUACAGCCUCCCUCAGUACUACUCCUUCAGAAUCUCCUCGUGCCCAGGCCACCUCUCGUCUCUCCACUGCAUCCUGCCCAACACCAAAAGUCCAGUCUAGGUGCAGCAGCAAGGAGAACAUCCUUAGAGCAAGUCACAGUGCUGUUGACAUCACCAAGGUAGCAAGAAGACACCGCAUGUCUCCAUUCCCAUUGACGUCUAUGGACAAGGCCUUCAUCACAGUUCUGGAGAUGACCCCAGUGCUUGGAACAGAAAUCAUCAAUUACAGAGAUGGAAUGGGCCGAGUCCUUGCUCAAGACGUAUAUGCAAAAGAUAAUCUACCACCAUUUCCAGCAUCAGUAAAAGAUGGCUACGCUGUCAGAGCUGCUGAUGGCCCAGGAGAUCGAUUCAUCAUAGGGGAAUCCCAGGCUGGUGAGCAGCCGACUCAGACUGUGAUGCCUGGUCAGGUAAUGCGCGUUACAACCGGUGCUCCCAUUCCCUGUGGUGCUGAUGCCGUGGUGCAGGUGGAAGACACAGAGCUCAUCCGGGAAUCGGAUGAUGGCACUGAAGAACUAGAGGUUCGAAUCCUGGUGCAGGCUCGACCAGGCCAAGAUAUCAGACCUAUAGGACAUGACAUUAAAAGAGGUGAAUGUGUGUUGGCUAAAGGAACCCACAUGGGCCCAUCUGAGAUUGGUCUCUUAGCAACUGUUGGAGUAACUGAAGUAGAAGUUAACAAGUUUCCAGUGGUUGCAGUCAUGUCAACAGGGAAUGAGCUACUGAAUCCUGAAGAUGACCUCUUGCCAGGAAAGAUUCGGGACAGUAACCGUUCAACUCUCCUAGCUACAAUCCAAGAACAUGGCUAUCCAACAAUCAACUUGGGAAUUGUGGGAGAUAACCCAGAUGAUUUACUGAAUGCACUGAAUGAGGGUAUCAGCCGUGCUGAUGUGAUCAUUACAUCAGGAGGUGUAUCUAUGGGGGAAAAGGACUAUCUUAAACAGGUGCUGGAUAUUGAUCUUCACGCACAGAUUCACUUUGGCAGAGUUUUUAUGAAACCAGGCCUACCAACAACUUUUGCAACUCUGGAUAUCGAUGGCGUAAGAAAAAUAAUCUUUGCGCUGCCAGGCAACCCUGUGUCUGCUGUUGUCACCUGCAAUCUCUUCGUUGUUCCUGCACUGAGGAAAAUGCAGGGUAUCCUGGAUCCUCGGCCCACCAUCAUCAAAGCCAGGUUAUCAUGUGAUGUAAAAUUGGACCCCCGCCCAGAAUAUCAUCGGUGCAUACUGACUUGGCAUCACCAAGAACCACUACCUUGGGCACAGAGUACAGGGAAUCAGAUGAGCAGUCGUCUGAUGAGUAUGCGCAGUGCCAAUGGACUGUUGAUGCUACCUCCAAAGACAGAGCAGUAUGUGGAGCUUCACAAGGGGGAGGUGGUGGAUGUCAUGGUCAUUGGAAGGCUAUGAUGUCACCAGCAAGAACGAAGCUUUGAUGCAUGUCCACAUAUCAUUGACUGUAUCCUGUAAUAUGCAACGGCACAGCUAGUUUUUCUGAUUUGGAUAAAAGUUGAUCAGUAUAGUCAAGAUCUUGAAUUAUAUUUCAAAUGGAAUUUAAAUAAAUACCUUUUAAAAAAAAAAAACUUUAAAACAAAUCUUAACAAAGAAAUUUAUUCUGAUUAUAUCAAAGCAACUUUUUCCUUUCCUUGCAAUUGCUUUGUGUGUUCAAUGCUAGUUCUGAUAGCGGUAGCUUUUAGUAGACAGCAGUAGGUGCCUGCAGAACUUGUGUUUUUUCUCAUCUUUAAGAUACAACUACUUAAGCUCUUAAAACAAGGCUGUCUGCUUAUUUAUACUAGCGUAGACAACACUUGGAUUUCCCUUAUUAGUAUGCUUCAUAACCGCUUCACAGAGAGCUUCUGCUUGUUCUUUAUCUUGUAUCUCGUGUUGAUGUGCACAGUGCCAAAAGCAGAGUGGCUGCACUGGGAACCCAAUGAAGCCCCGAGGUCGCCUCACCUCGCUGCGCAUUCAGGGAGCUCUCCUGUCCCAGCAGCCACCCAGCUCAGUACUCUUGGGCAGUAACUGGAUACCUUUUAUUUCAACAAACAAAAAAAAAUUGCUUCCUUAAGUGCUGACAGCCUUUUUAACCAAUACAUUUAAAAAUGUACAGAACUAAAAGCUAAAAAAAUCAAAGACUGAUCUUGUACAGAUAUUAGUGUUACCAGCAUUCGUGUGGAAAUUAAAUGAGCGAAGAAAUAAAACUAAUGUUAAACAACUCUGUACCAUAACAUUUUCUGUAAUGAUAUUGAAACUUAAAUGAAUAAAAAAAAUCCUCAAUCAUUAUUUAAAA